AUGACAAAACUUCUACCCACACCAAAAGUGGAACGACGCACCUUAUCAUGGAAUUGCAAUCAGCGAUGUGAAAUGGAUAAUGCUAGUGAAACUGAGCACGAUCGACGACUUCGAGAUCAGUUUAGCAGCAAAUUAGCCGAUUUCUAUCGUGUGCGAGACCCAUUGAUCUUUAUUGAUUUGGAUUUGCUCUUAUGCUCUGCGUGA